AUGGCAGCUAAUAGAAGAAGGAGGAAUGCUAACGGUGCUGAUGAUAUUGCAGAAGCCAUUCAUCGCAUGGUGGAUGCAAUGCAACAUCCUAUUCCAGCACAGCCGAGAGUGGCAAUAGCGCCAACAAGAGUGCCAACAGUGGAGGAUUUUCUGCGCCAUAAGCCCGCAGAAUUCACAGGUGAGGCCACUCCACACGAAGCUUAUGCCUGGCUUCGCAAGUGCGAAAAGAUCUUUGGAGUGAUGAAUUGUGCUGACGAGCAGAAGCUGGCGUUUGCUGUGUACCUACUAAAUAAUCACGCAGAAUACUGGUGGGCAGGCAUGAAACAGCAGAUGCAGACUAGGGAGGAGCCAGUAACCUGGGAUAAUUUCAGAAUCCGGUUCUUAGAGAAAUAUUUCCCAGAUACUGUUAAGCAGGACAGGGAGGCGGAGUUCUUGGCUCUGCAACAGGGGAACAUGUCGAUGCAAGAAUAUGUUAAUCAAUUCGAGCAACUGGCAAGGUAUUAUUCUCAGGCAAUUACUGAAGAGUGGAGAUGCCUUAAGUUUGAGAGGGGGCUCAAGCAUGAGUUAAAGAAGGUGGUCACGCCUCUGAGAGAAAGAAGGUUUCCGAUCUUGGUGGAGCAAGCCAAGAGUGCAGAGUACCUAGAAAGAGGGCCGAAUCCGGUAAGUCGACAUCAGAAGAAUGCCGCAGAGGCGAGGCAGAUGAAGAAACCCUACAACCGACCUCAGACUUCUCAAGGUCCCACGUGUUACCAGUGUGGUGGGCCCCAUUUAAAGAGGAACUGCCCUCAGAUAACCGAUGGGGUAGGAGGAUCAGGAGAUCGUCGCAAGUGCUUCAUAUGCGACAAACUGGGCCACUUUGCCUAUAACUGCCGGAGAAGAAGAGUAUUGGAGUGA